AUCCCAUUCACGCACCCACAUAUCCCGAGUGUCGACGGCGCUUGCUCCAAAACCCUGCAGCCAAGAUGAGCAACCUCCCAGCCAUCGAACUUGCCGAGCGGUCUGCAUGGAAAGCGCUGCAUGCGCUCCUGCUGGAACAUCCCUCCAGCGCCAAAGAGUGCGACGACUACGGCAUGCUGCCGCUGCACUGGGCAUGCACGGACCCAUCUGUGACCGCCGCCGUCGUACAAACCUUGCUCGACUUGCAUCCAACUGGCGCACGCACGAAAAACACUGCUGGCCUCUUGCCCCUCCACAUCGCGAUCAAAGCCGAGAUCGACGUCCCGAUCGUAGACAGCAUCCUGCAGGCAUAUCCUGCGGCGUUGGAAGUACGCACUCCUCAUGGCGACACACCUGGAGACCUCGCUCGGAAGCUCGCGAGUCCACAAGAGCUGUGCGACGUCCUCCACAUCGAGUACGACGUGCCUCGUCGGAUGUCCGUCGAGUCAUUCCUGUCCAAGUCGCGCUCGAGUAGCUGCAGCUUUGGUGGGGGAUCGCAAUACGGAGGCACCAACGGCAUGUCGAACGUGCACUUGCCGCCAAGGUGGCAGCACGAGAAAGCGUGCCAUGUGUGCCAGGCCAAGUUCGGUCCGUUCCGAUCGCGGCACCACUGCCGCGGCUGCGGUGUGUCCGUUUGCAAUGCGCACUCUCGUGGUCGUAUGGCCCUGCCCCACCUCGGCUUGCAAUCCCUGCAGCGAGUUUGCGCGGCGUGCUACGAAGAGUUCAAUCCAGAAGGCCCGGGCGUCGGCUCUCUCACGCUCACCUCAAGUCGCAACAUCCGCCGCAUUCGUUCACAGACAGAGGACUUUUUCAAGUCGUCGUCGUCGUCGUCAAGUCGGAGCAUCCUGGCACAGAAAGCAGCAUAUUUGCUGGAGCACCCUCGGCAGCCGGAAGCGGACCAAGGCUCCGACAUCACGCGACCGUCGAGAACGUCGUCCGAGUCGUCGCAUGACAUCGAUCUUCUGACCGAGUCGAUCCUCACGUUGAAUCGAACGAAAGCGCUGUUGCAGGAGCAACUGCAGGCGACUCACAUGGUGGCCCAGCAACCCCCGCUCAAACCGCGAGAUGGCACAGAGCAUUGGCCGCAGAUGCAUCACUCGUCUGGGGCUGUCGUCGACGUAGCCCAGACCCAGCACUUGCUAGGUACAGCUCCAUCUUGAAAUGUUUUCCUUGUUCAUCGACUGCACCUACCUCGUCAGGAGGCACGAAUCGAUAACUAACCGGACGUGACAUGUUGUCGGCGCAGGAGUGACGCUGGCUGACAAAGGCAGCACGGCGGCUGCCAUUGACGCCUUGCGAAAGAGCAUUUCGAACAAGCAGACAGCGGGGGCCUGGUACGACUUGGGCAGGUUAUUGCAUGCAUCAGGGGAAGAGGACGCUGCCGAAGACGCGUUGAGAAAGGUGGCGGACUUGUCGUUUGGCUGAGGCGGUGACGAUUCGUACGUCCGUAGGCGUUGGCUCUGUGUGCCGAAGAGGAACAGCAGAAGAUUCUGACCAUGCUGGGCAAGGUUCUUUACGCCAAGGGCGACUCCAAUGCAGCGCUGGACGUGUUCCAGCAAGCGCUGGGGGAUCUUUCUCACGCCGCGGACGAGAGUAGUGACGAGGAGGUCGUUGGGUCCUCGACUGCCCAGUUUUAAUCCACAUCGUCCUCCACAAGUCUUUGCGAGGCACCACAGACCAAGUAGCAGAGCCAGACGAUUGCCCCAUGAUGGGGAUGCAAAGAGUGAGCUAGAAAAAAUAUCCAGGUUUAUUAAGAAUUCGGUCGAUUUGGG